GGGAAUUGUACGGUGCUGCAUGAUGAUUUCAACCGGCUGGGGGGCUGGACUGGUCCCCAAGAACAGACCGUUCCAGUGUGUCGGCACAUUUCGCACAUGUGGGCGUGAGUACACUCCAGCAUCGUCUGCUGCGCUAAUCACUUUAGAAUUUCAUUCGGGAUGGCUACUCCUCCUGCUCUUCUUCUUCGUCCAAGUUGUGCAUUCAAGGACUGCCGACUCGACGCGUUGCCCAACAUGGACAAGUGCGAAGUGCACAAGUUUCGCAAACAGUGCAGGAUGCCAGACUGCUUUAACAUCGUGUACGCGCGGCACCUGUGCGUUCGCCAUGGCGGCAAAAAGAAGUGCACGGCCACGGGGUGCCAGGCUAACGCUUACGGGGGCAACUUUUGCGGCCAACAUGGCGGAUCGCUGUCGAAACCUGCGUGCAAGUUCCAGGGCUGCAUCAAGCAAUCACAUACCCGUGGCCUAUGCGUGACGCAUGGCGGCGGUCGGCGCUGCCAAAUGGACGGAUGUGGGCACUACGCCCGCGGCGGUGGGCUUUGUCACAAACACAAGUCAGAUCAUGUACACCAGCAGCAGCACCGCCAUCAAGUGUACAACAGCAGUACCACCCAUGUCAAGAAGGAUACGUUGGCGAUCAAAGAAGAACAAACUGAACUGCACAUCCACCAGCAACGACUUCUCCACACGCGAUUUGAACCUAUCAUCAAGGACGAGUACUAUUGCCGAGGGAGCUACGACGCCGCGUACAAAGAUGACCUGACCCACACCGAAUUUCUCGCAUUACUGCUGCAGUAUUUCCCCCCAAACACUGCCCAUGACCCGUGGAAGUUGAAGCCAAGGGCGCCCGUGCGGAGUCCGUGCAGCGUCGACGGACUGGUUAUGGUGUAGUACUAGUACAUAUUAUUAUUGGUGUAUGUAGAGUGAGGAUUACUAGUAAUAUAUUAAAUUAUUAUCAAAUCAACUGGA